GUCAACAGAGGGAUCCAUUUAGGAAAAACAGCUAAACCCAUUACUGAGUCAGGUUUUUAAUUUGCUGACAACUACAUAUGUAGCUGGAAUAUUGUCUUUUUUAACGAAAUAACCCAAAUUACAUAUUCAUCAUAUGACAUUUGUUGAUUUCCACUGCAUUUUUGUUAAACUCACAGAGGGAUGUUUUCGUUUUGGUUACGGAGCCUCAGUGGAGGGCAUGACCUUAGCUUUCCAUGUGAAUGUGGUGCUUAAUGAUGGAUGUGAUGCAAAGGUAAAACAUCAGCAGUCAAGAAUCAGGAAGAAAAACCUUUAACCUUUUGUUUUACCUCAUUCAUGAGGCUUUGUGCAAGGAGAUUUUUCUACACGAAACUGUUGAUAUAAUGAUAAGAACAUUUGCAAGUCAAACAUUAUAACUAUGAAUCAAAUACAGCAUUGAUUACAACUCAGUAUUUCCAUUAACACUUUAUUUUUGGUGUUUCAUAGAUAUAAAUGUGUGGACUUGUACAGGUCUUUUGCUCUGGCCUCAAGAAUGCGGCCUUAACUGUCCAGGACUCUAUAAAUCAUCUGUGCAUGUGAUGGAGGAAUGCACAGGGCAUGUUUCAAAACCAACGAUUCACACCUCAGUCCCACACAAAAGUACGACCUGCCUACCACUUGGAGUUUAAGACUGUGGAAUUGACCAUGGACUUCCGGGGAACCACACCGCCUUCCUUUACCAUCCUCAGCAACGCAGUGUCAACUGCUGAUCACUUUUGGGUCCUAGGAACCACCCGUUCCCAGGACCUGAGUUGGUCCUCACACAUAGACACUUUUCGGAAGAUGGCCCAGCAGACACUGUACUUCCUGCAGCAACUGAAGAAGUACAACCUGCGACAGGAGCUGAUGGUCAUCUUCUACACUGUUAUUAUUCAGUCUGUCCUGUUCGCAUCCAUCUCUGUGUGGUUUGGCUCAUACACAAACAUGUCAAACUACAAUGAACAAUCAGGUCUGCAGAGAGGAUCAUCAAUGCUGACCUUCCCUCCAUCCAGGACUUGUACAGGUCUAGCGUCACAGAAAAGGCAGCCAGUAUCUCUGCAGACCCCACACAUCCUGGACAUAAACGGUUUAGACUUUUACCUUCAGGUCGAUGGUUCAGAACGUCAGUUAAAAAAACCAGCCACCACAGACACAGUUUCUUCCCCCAGGCUGUCUCUCUCUGAUGAACACAAUGAACACCUUACAGCCUAAGUAGUCAGCUACUCUGCUGGAAACAAAAUAACCAUAUUUGCACUACCACAACCUGUAUUUCCUUUUUUCUUUCCUAUAUUUCUUUCCCUAUAUAUAUAUAUAUAUAUAUAUAUAUAUAUACAAAAUUAAAUGUACAUACAUGUACUUACUGUUCCUUAUUUCACUUUCUCUAAAGUUUAUAUAUUUAUACCUAAUGUCUGUAUGCUGCGAGCGCUUAAACUGAUUUCAAAUUCCUUGUUUGUGCACACAGUGUUGGUCAAUAAAGCUGAUUCUGAUUUUGACAUUCCCUUCAUG